GAAAAAUAAACAAUGAUGUGAGCGAGUGACAGUCUGUGGACCAUAUGACGAUAGGAUGGACAGCCGGAGGCUGAGGUAACCUGACUUUCACGUCAGACCCGAAAACAUGCAGGCGACUGCUCACGACGUUGAGGGACAGCAAUUUCCAUCUGUCAUCAACCUCAAUGUCGGGGGUCGAAUCUUCGCGACACGUUUAUCAACACUGCGGAAGUACCCGGAGUCAAUGCUAGCUGUCAUGUUCAGUGGGCGUCACAGAGUGGACAAAGAUCUAGAUGGUAACUAUUUCAUUGACAGAGAUGGAACGUAUUUCUUGUUUGUUUUGAAUUUCCUGCGGGAUGAUAACGAUCUCCCACCGGUAAACUACGCAGAGGAUGUCCUCAAAGAAGCUAUGUUUUAUGGGAUACAAGCUCUGGUAGACAGAUUAAAAAACUCGCCUCCCCUCUUUGCUGAGUACGUAGUACGAGAAAACGUACGUAAGAAACUCGGCGGAUAUCAGGAGGUAAAAGAGGAGAUCAUAUCCCUCGCCAAACUUCAGGUGAUGGAAAGUGGUGCUAUAACAUCGGUCGUUAGACUAAUCAUCUCCAAAAAUCAGCCUGUGCCUCGUGACCUACAGUUCUCAAAACAAGUUUACAAGCAGUACUACAGAAAGUUCCGACUGUAUACAAGUUUUGAGUCAUGCUACGGUAAAUACUUUAUAAAUUUGCCUGCCGAACGAGUCAAAGGUCAGCCAGAUGCUGUAAUGGACCUGGUGGCGGCGUGCCUCAGUCGUGAUCUCCUCGAGGAGGGCUAUAAGGGCAUAUUUAAGUCGGAGGGUGUACAUGACGAGGAUCGGAAACUCAAGACUAUUACUUGGUGUGACGAAGAGUUCCACGUGUCCUCUUCAUGUCACAUGUUCAGGUUUGAUUGGCUUGACACACCGGGCAGACACUGACAUGGAUUGUUAUAUUAGUUAUAUAAAAUAUGGCAGUCGAGUUUCAAUAAUCAAGCAACUUUUUUUUUUUUUUUUUUUUUUUGUAUUUUUGUAUUUUUCAACAUGACUUAUACAUAUACACACACUCACACACACACAACUAGAAACUACUGAUGGUUCAGCAUAACACUCACUUCACUCAACAUUAUCAGCUUACUUAUGCAACUUUUAUUCAUAGUAAACUAUUCAGACACUUUAUUCCCAGUAGAUAACCCAGCCACAUUUAUUCCUAGUAUAUAAUUCAGCCACCUUUGUCUUUUGUAGAUAGUACAGCCACACCUUCUUAUAGUAGAUCAUUCAGCCAAAUACAUUCAGCGACUCUGGUACUUGUUCGAUAAUCAAGUUACCUUCGUGUUCUACUUAGAUAAUCCAGUCACCUUCGUUCUUAGUACUGAAUCAAGUCACAUUCGUUCCAUGUAGAUUACUUAGCCACGUUCGGUUUUAGUAGAUAAUUCAGCCACUGGGUUCUCGGUAGAUAAUCCAGCCAUCUCUUUUUCUCGUUGGAUGAUUUAGUCACUAUCGCUCCGAGUGGAUAAUAUGGCAACGAUCGUUCUUAGAAAAUAAUCCAGUUCCUAGCAAACGUGACUGGAGUGUGAUACGGCUAGAGUACCGUAACAACCUCGAAUAAUGCCAAUCUGUCACCUAAAACUCGGAUAAUUGGAGACCGGAUUAACGAGUCUCGACCCGUUCAGUUAGCUCAGAAGCAAAUAUACAGAUCAAGCAAAAGCAUGCACAUAUAUGGAUACUGUUACCUCUCAUGGUCGUUAUUGAAUACAAAAUUAUAAUACUGUCGGUAUCAGGGUUCCGAGGCAUUAACACAACUGUGGGUUUUAAAGUAAAGGGAUGUGUUUAAUUCGGGUCCUUUCUCUACCCAAAUCCUUAAAAUCACCCUUUCGCCUGUAAAAGUGCUACUUUUUCGUAUAUAUUUUUGCUGACAAACCCUUAAUAAUAAAUAUAUGCUCACCUGGCAGUACAGGCUGAUUGGCUGUCUGGUACAUUUACUUGCUAUUCUGGUGUAAUUAUUUGUGUAUAUAUGCAUGGCUUGUCAAAUGGCCAUACUUACUGCAUUCCAUUGUUAUUAAAAGGACCAAAUCUAACUACAUAUACAAUGGCUGCUUUCAUUAAUCAACAGUUAAAGAACAUGUUGUUAUAUCAUAUAUUCCGUCUUUGCGUAU